AUGUCUAGUCGUUGUAAAGGUGGCAAAGUUAAGGGAAAGACAAAGUCCCGUUCCAACCGUGCUGGGCUUCAAUUCCCCGUUGGCCGUAUCCACCGUCUUUUGCGCAAAGGCAACUAUGCUGAGCGUGUUGGUGCCGGUGCUCCCGUCUAUUUAGCCGCUGUCAUGGAAUAUUUGGCUGCUGACAACAAGAAGACUCGUAUCAUUUCACGUCACUUGCAAUUAGCCAUCCGUAACGAAGAAAAAUUUAACAAAUUGCUGCCUGGUGUUACCAUUGCCCAAGGUGGUGUAUUGCCAAACAUCCAAGCUGUUCUCUUGCCCAAGAAGACCGAAAAGAAAGCCUAAAUUAUAUCAAAAGGUA